AGGGGCUGCGCCGGGGCACACGCGGCUCGAGCGGCGGCGGCAGCGCCCGCACCGGGACCCCGCUCGCCGCUUCCCCUCCGCGUCCCUCGGACCCGCCGCCAUGCCCAAGGCGCGGCGGGCGCGGGGCUCCGGCCCCAGCCCCGGGGCCGCGCUGCCGCUGGCCGAGCAGAUCCUGCAGGACGCGGCCCCGCGGCCCGCGGCUCGGGGGAAGCGGCGCGGCCCCGGCGGGGACGGGCAGGACGGCGGCGGCGGGGACGGCGACGGCUACGUGGACUCGCGGCUGUCCCGGCGCAUCCUGGAGCAGGCGCGGCGGCAGCAGGAGGAGCUGGAGGCCGAGCACGGCCCCGGAGCGCCCGCCGGGCCCCGGCAGCGCGGCUCGGCGCUGGGUCCGGCCGUGAGCGGCCCCGGCUCGGACUCGGAGGACGACGAGGAGUGGCCUUCGCUGGAGAAGGCGGCGGCGGCGGCGGGACGGAGCGGGGAGUGGUGCGGGGAGGUGGCGGUGGACCCCGAGGACGAGAAGGCCAUCGAGAUGUUCAUGAACAAGAACCCGCCGCUGAGGCGCACGCUGGCUGACAUCAUCAUGGAGAAGAUCACCGAGAAGCAGACGGAGGUGGACACGGCCCUGUCGGAGCUGUCGGGCUGCCCCAUGCCCCAGCUCCAUCCCCGGGUCCUCGAGGUCUACAGAGGCGUCAAAGAGGUGCUGUCCAAAUACAGGAGUGGGAAACUCCCCAAGGCGUUUAAAAUCAUUCCUGCCUUGUCCAACUGGGAGCAGAUCCUCUACAUCACAGAGCCAGAGACGUGGACAGCAGCUGCCAUGUACCAAGCCACCAGGAUCUUUUCCUCCAACCUGAAGGAGAGGAUGGCCCAGCGCUUCUACAACCUGGUGCUGCUGCCGCGGGUCAGGGAUGACAUCGCCGAGUACAAGCGCCUCAACUUUCACCUCUACAUGGCUUUGAAGAAGGCUCUGUUCAAGCCAGCAGCCUGGUUCAAAGGGAUCCUCAUCCCCCUGUGCGAGUCGGGGACCUGCACGCUGCGGGAGGCCAUCAUCAUCGGCAGCAUCCUCACCAAGUGCUCCAUCCCCGUGCUCCACUCCAGCGCAGCCAUGCUGAAGCUCGCUGAGAUGCAGUACAGCGGCGCCAACAGCAUCUUCCUGCGGCUGCUCAUCGACAAGAAGUACGCGCUGCCCUUCCGCGUCGUGGACGCCCUCGUCUUCCACUUCCUGGCCUUCCGCUCGGACCAGCGCGUCCUGCCCGUGCUGUGGCACCAGAGCUUCCUGGCCUUUGCCCAGCGCUACAAGGAGGAUCUGUCCUCGGAGCAGAAAGAGGCUUUGCUGGAGCUGCUCAAGUUCCACAGCCACCCCCAGAUCUCGGCCGAGGUCCGCAGGGAGCUGCUCAACUCCAAGACGCGGGAUGUGGAGGGGCAGCAGCCCCUGGCCAUGGAGUGAACGGGGAGGAGCCGCAGCCUGAUGGGCUCCCCGGACUCUGCUGGGAGCAGUUGGGAGCGCAGGGUGUGGGUGAAGCUGUGGGGAGGCGUUGGGAGAGCGUCCAUCUGGGAUCCUGCUGCUCUGAGAUGGUGCUGGGGGCCGGCUGUGCCCGUGCAGCUGGGCUGUGCUCCCUGUGCCGCUUGGCAUGGGGCAGAGCAGCUCCUGUGCCCUCCGGAACCGGCUGCCACCAGCAUGUGGGAGGGUUUGGCUUGGUCCUGUAUUGGGAAAUAAAGCCCAGACCCUGUCCCUCAGUCAGGGCUGGUUCAGCCUCA